GUCCGACCCUGGGGCCGAAUAAGCCGGACGAAGGCCGUGCAUAAGACACGACGCGACUGCAAGCUAGGCAACCCCGUCCAUAAAUCUUCUUGCUUUCCCAAGCCACAAAGCCAAGUACACCAUCCAAUACAUUUCUCAAUAUGGCUCCAGAUAUGAUCCGACUGCUCGUAAACAUCGUCUCCUUCCUCCCUUCGUACACCCUCACGCUCCUCCGCCAACGCGUUUCAGCCUUCUUCCACAAGCGCUCAUACAAGCCACUGCCGGACGCGCAGCUCAAAAAUGUCGUUGUCGUUGGUGGUUCGUUCGCUGGGUUUUUGACGGCGAAACGACUCACCGAGACGCUGCCGACUGGAUACCGCGUCGUCCUGGUCGAGAGGAGCUCGCACCUGAACUACCUCUUCGCGUUUCCAAGAUUCAGCGUAGCGAAAGGGUAUGAGAAAUAUGGGUUUAUUCCGUACUCUGGGAUCGCGAAGAAUGCACCGCAGGGUAUCUUCGAGCACGUUCAAGAUACAGCCGUUGAUGUGACAGAGAAAGCUGUCGUGCUGAAGAGCGGGGCGGAGCUAGAGUAUGAGUGCUUGCUCCUAGCGACGGGGACGUCUUCCACGCUUCCGAGUAAAGUCGCAUCGACAGAGCGGGGAGGCGCGCUGCAAGAGUUGCGAGGCAUGCAGGAGCGCAUUGGGCAGGCGAAGCGUAUCGCAGUGGUGGGUGGCGGCGCCGUGGGCGUCGAGCUUGCGAGCGACAUCAAGGAUUUCUUUCCGGAGAAGGAGGUUGCGCUUAUUCAUUCGCGAGCGCAGCUGUUGCCGACAUUUGGGAAGAGACUGCAUGAGUAUGUGAUGGGGAGGAUGAAAGAGCUGGGUGUCGCGGUGCGGCUGAAUGAGAGGCCUGAGAUCCCGAGCGAAGGAAACACGUUGAAAUUUCGUAACGGCGAGGAGGAAACGUUCGGUCUCAUCAUCCCUUGCACUGGCCAACGCCCCAAUUCCUCCAUUCUAACCACCCUCUCGCCAUCCUCCAUCUCUAAUGAAACAUCACACAUCCUCGUCAAACCAACGCUCCAGCUGCAGGACGACCGCUUGUCUCACGUCUUCGCAAUCGGCGACGUCGCAGCCACCGGGGGACCGAAAAUGGCUAGGGCAGCGCAAUUCCAAGGAGACGUUGUGGUUCACAACAUUCUGUCCCUCAUGCAUGACAAGAAAUCGCUCCAGAGUUACAAGCCGAAAAUAGUGGUGGAGGGGGCGAUUAAGUUGACGUUAGGCAAGGCAAGAGUGGUGAUAUACGCGAUGGAAGAAAGCGGAAAAGACAUGCUGAUAGCUUCGAAUUCUGGGAAGGUGGAUAUGGACGUCAAGAGGCAAUGGAGGUUCUUUGGAGCUGAUACCAAGGCAAUGGAAGUGGAGAGUGGGAAGGUGUAAGGUUGAUAUAGGGGGAUAGUGGAGGACUUAAUAGCUUUUCCUCUUUCUCGAGUUGUAGCACCGGAACGACAUCCGAAUCCGCACAACGCGGAGCUUUUGUACCGUAGUUAAUAGCAUACCACCUCCACCCUUACUGGUCCAUCCUGGA